AUGGCCACUCCUUCAUCAAUUCAAAAUUUGAACAAACCUAAAGAUGCUUUUGAACUACUAGAGGAUGAGGAAGGUACACGUCAAGGUUUCUGUCAUAUACGUAUUCAGCAGCGUACUGGUCGCAAAACUAUUACAACCGUACAAGGAAUUGCACCCGAAUAUGAUUUGAAGAAGAUUGUACGAUACCUUAAGAAGGUUAUUAUUUUUCGUUUUAAAUAUCCUUUUAUUUUCACCUAUAUUAUCUUUACAUGUGAUAUUGAUCUAACUUUGAUAUUUAUCACUGCCACUAAAAUAUUGUUACCUAUAAUUUUCUGCGUUCAUUAUAGUACAUGUCUUUGUUUAUAUCAUGAUUAUAUGGUUGAUCUUACGAUACCAAAGGUCAUGUCACGGAAGCUGUUAUAUGGCUUAAUUCUUUUGCGCAUUAUAAAUGUCUUCUUUAUUCGAACAUAUUUUGUACCAGAUGAAUUGUUUCAAAGUGUGGAAGUAGCUCAUUGGGCUGUAUAUGGUACUGGAUAUUUAUCUUGGGAAUGGAUAGCAUCGAUUCGUUCUGUAUUACAUCCAGCUAUUAUUGGUUUACUAUAUUUCGUGGGUUGUGCAUUAAGUAUUGACUCGGCUGUCUUCAUUAUACAAGCACCUCGUGUGUUACAUGCACUUCUGUUUGCUUUUUCAGAUUAUUUUUAUUAUAAACUUUGUAAACGUAUUGUUUCAUCUAAUACAGCAAAAUAUGCUUUGAUGAGUUAUCUGUCAAGUUGGUUUGUGUGGUACUGUGCUCCUCGUACUCUUUCCAACACGUUAGAAACAGCUCUAACGAUUGUUGCCCUUCAGUGGUAUCCUUUAUCUACUUCUGAUCUUAAGCGAUCGUGUGGGCCUUACAUGUCAAUUGGCUUGAUAACUCUUUUAAUACGACCUACUGCUAUUCUUAUAUGGAUCCCAUUCGGUUUAUGGCAUUUGUGGAGAGCUGAAUUACGGGUGAAACUGUUGCUGCAUACUUGUUUGCCAUCAUGUCUUCCUAUUUUACUUUUUGUUGUACUUCUGGAUUCUGUUGCUUAUGGUAAGUUUACAGUCACAAUAUGGAAUUUCAUUCGUUUCAAUGUAUUGGAAGGUGGAAGCGAUCACUUUGGAUCACAUUCUUGGCAUUGGUUCAUAUCGCAAGGCCUGCCAGUUAUACUUACGGUGCAUUUGAUUCCAAUGUUGUUUGGUAUAAUUAUCGCUGUUCGAAAGCGUCUUAUUCCACUUCCAUUUCUGUGGAUUCCUGUAUUAUAUAUAAUGGCACACAGCUUCAUUGCUCACAAAGAGCAUCGGUUUUUGUUACCAGUUAUACCAAUGUUAUAUAUUUUUGUUGGCAUAUUCUUUUCACAUAUUUCUAAACAACUGCGCAAUUUUCUAAUGGUAUUAUUAAUGGUUGUCAAUGUAUUUCUGGCUUUGUACUUUGGUUUAAUCCAUCAAGUAGGCACUUUUUCUGCCACAUCUUGGAUUAGUAAAGAUGCGCAGUCACGAUUUCAUGAAGAGAAACACUUUGUAGUGCUUCAAUUGAUGCCAUGUUUUUCUUUGCCUCAAUAUAGCUACUUUCAUAAUUUUAAUAUCACGAUAACAGCGCUUGAUUGCUCACCUAAUCUGCUUCACAAAGCGAAUUAUGUUGAUCAAGCUGACUUCUUCCAUGAGAACCCAAAACAAUGGAUUAGUGAGAAUUUGAAUGUAGUGAACAAAUCUGAUUACAUUGUUUUCUACGAAAAAAUCUAUCGAGAGGAAUAUAAUUGUAACGGGACAACAGUGGAUCAUCCAGAAUAUGGAGAAGUAAUUCAGCUCACUGGUGAUCAAAGGCAGCAUAUCAAAGAUUUUCUUUGCAGAGUUGGCAUUGUAAAAGAAGAAAAUUGCAAAAUACAUGGAUUUUAA